AUGCCCACCGAAGGACCAACACUGGACGAGCGCGGGCUCGCGACCCUUUCGAGGUCCUCCCGCAUUGAUCAGUUCCUGGCUGGGGCCACGGGUGGCCCUCCAACCUCCCCCACCAUCCGCGGUUCAUCCGGCGGUAGUGGAGGUGGUGGCAGUGCGCGUACACCGUCUUCCUCCAGCAGUGGCUACGAAAGUCAGCUCGCUUUCCAGCACCACAUGAUGGCGUCGGCUGGUGGACCACCACCUCAGCAUCAUGGCCGCGAAAGCUCCGCUUUUGUGCCGGUUUUACCUUCGCGAGCUCUCCGACCGGGCGCGCUAUACCCGGGCGUACUCGAUGGCCCACCGGACGGGCUCUCGAAAGAGGGUGUUCCGAAGCGUGGCUCUAGCUACGAACUGAUGGCAAUGAUGGCUGACAAACGCAAGGAGCUGGCUCUACGUGAGGCUGCUGCUGCCGCCAUGUUACUACCACGACCGGGUGGUCCACCGGUUCAGUCACCGUCCGGUAUCUAUCCACCACCGGGUGCGUUUCUCGGUGGACCAGGACCUUCACCCACAUCGGCCGGUUCGUUCACGUUUCCACCGGCCGGUGUUGGGCUUUAUCCACCGGGUGUACCACCGGGCAUGCAUGCCGGGCUCGAUCGACGACUGUUGCGCGCGCCAGGACGUGCGUCUCGGCCGAAGAAACAGUUCAUCUGCAAGUUCUGCAACCGCCAGUUCACCAAAUCGUACAACCUGCUGAUUCACGAGCGCACACACACCGACGAGCGGCCGUACUCGUGUGACAUCUGUUUGAAGGCUUUCCGGAGGCAGGAUCAUCUACGCGAUCACAGAUACAUCCACUCGAAGGAAAAGCCCUUCAAAUGCACCGAAUGCGGCAAGGGGUUCUGCCAGUCGCGCACGUUAGCCGUGCACAAGAUCCUGCACAUGGAGGAAUCACCGCACAAGUGUCCGGUCUGCAAUCGGAGCUUCAACCAGCGCUCGAACCUGAAGACGCACCUGCUCACGCACACAGACCACAAGCCGUACGAGUGCAACUCCUGCGGCAAGGUGUUCCGGCGGAACUGUGACCUCCGGCGCCACGCACUCACGCACACGGUCGGUGACGUCCCAUCGGAGGCGCUCGAUGUCGGUGUCGAUGACGACGGCCACCAGCUGAGUGGGGAUGAGGACGAAACCGUGCUGGAGGUGGACUCACCCGUCCAUUCACCAGCCGGUCGUCACCGGUCCGUUUCACCGCCCAUGGAUAUGCCAGUGUCCGCGGAACUCGACGAGGACGAUGCCGAUGAUGAUGAUGAUGAUGAGGACGAUGAGGAUGACCUGAUCAGUGUGGCAGGACAUGAGCCGGAUCCAACACCCGUCGUGCAGUGUCACCACGAGCGUCCGAUGGGUUCGAAGAGUCCGUACACGAUGCGUCCUCAGUACGACCACGGCAGUCGGUCGUCAGUGUCCUCCCAGUCAUCGCAUCAUUCCUUGGGUGCACAACAUCCGGCCCUACUUGGGGAGGAUUCGCGUGAUGCUUCGAUGUUAGCACACGGGCCAACUCACGCACCCGAGGUGUUUGUGCCGAUGUUGCACGUCCGGCGUGAUCUCCACCACAAGCUGGGUCUUAUCGGGCGUACCUCAGCCACAGUGACUAGUUCCGGUGUUGGUUCUAAUCCCGCGGGUUUGCUAGAACCACCCGGUGCUGGUGGGUUCCUGAGUCACAUUCCACUACGCAAACGCGCCAUGGGUCCGGAUGGUGAACCACACCCGAUUUUGGGCCCCGGACGUGGUACUCUCGUACAUCUGCACCCGAGUGUGCGUGGCCAUCACAAAUCUCAUCAUCUUCCCGAGGACGUUCAUGCAGGACUACCACGAACGGAUUCAUCAUCACCGUUACGUGAACCCAUCCCACUGAUGUCGCCUUCCGUGCCUUCAGCAUCACCGGUGUUGCUUUCGCCUCAUAUGCCACCGGGUUUGGCUUUGCCACCACCACCACCACCACCUCCAUCAUCGCUACCGAUGAACCUCGCCAACCUUUCGAGCCUUCCCGGUGUGUUGACUGUGCCACCGGUUCUUCCAGGUCCAUCGACAGCUUCUUCCGUCAGCAACCCCGGUCAGCAGGUCAGCAAUCCUUCGCAGCUUUCACCAGCUCCAUCCGGUGCGAGUUCAUCCUCACUCAACAAAGCGCCCUCUAGCGGAUCCUCGUGUACGGGAUCCACGAGUGGCCAAAACCCACCCACAGCAGCUCCACGGAAAACCGGCUUCAGCAUAGAGGACAUUAUGCGCCGUUAG